CUUGCUCUGGUCUCGAAGCAAUCCGAGAAGGCUUGGGAAGAAACUCCUUGGGAGAGUCCGGUCCCAGGUGUCCUCUGAUUUCUGCAGUGUUUUCUCUCUUUUGCUUGGGUGGGGAAGGAAGACGAAGAGGAGGUUUGGUCUGGGAUUAGAAGGAAGUGGAGCAGAGGCAGCGGUGGCGGCAGCAGCAGCAGCAGCGCCAGGAAGGGAGAGAGACAGGAGAGACCUAGACUUGGAAAACCCAAAGUGUCCCCGACCCUGCACCGCAGGAUACAUUUCCAGCUUCAUGGGCAAAGUGUGGAAACAACAGAUGUACCCCCAGUACACCACCUACUACUACCCCCAGUAUCUCCAGGCGAAGCAGUCUAUUGUGCCAGCCCACCCAAUGGCUCCUCCCAGCCCCAGCACCACCAGCAGUAAUAACAACAGUAGCAACAGUAGCAGCUCAGGGUGGGAUCAACUAAGCAAAACAAAUCUUUAUAUCAGAGGUCUGCCUCCCAAUACCACAGACCAGGACCUUGUGAAACUUUGUCAACCAUACGGAAAAAUCGUCUCUACAAAGGCAAUUUUGGAUAAAACAACCAACAAAUGCAAAGGUUAUGGUUUUGUGGAUUUUGACAGCCCAGCUGCUGCCCAGAAAGCAGUUUCAGCUCUAAAGGCUACUGGAGUUCAAGCCCAGAUGGCAAAGCAACAGGAACAAGAUCCUACAAAUCUGUAUAUUUCUAAUUUGCCAUUGUCUAUGGAUGAGCAAGAACUUGAAAACAUGCUCAAACCAUUUGGACAAGUGAUCUCUACAAGGAUACUACGUGAUUCCAGUGGUACAAGUCGUGGUGUUGGCUUUGCCAGGAUGGAAUCAACAGAAAAAUGUGAAGCUGUUAUUGGUCAUUUUAAUGGAAAAUUCAUUAAGACACCCCCAGGAGUUUCUGCUCCUGCAGAACCUCUAUUGUGCAAGUUUGCAGAUGGUGGACAGAAGAAGCGACAGAAUCAGAACAAGUACAUACAGAAUGGGAGAGCAUGGCACAGAGAAGGAGAGGUGAGGCUUGCUGGAAUGACACUUACCUAUGACCCAACUACAGCUGCUUUACAGAAUGGAUUUUAUCCUUCACCUUACAGUAUUGCUACAAAUCGAAUGAUCACUCAAACAUCUAUUACACCUUAUAUUGCUUCUCCUGUUUCUACAUACCAGGUGCAGAGUCCUUCAUGGAUGCAGCCUCAACCCUAUAUCCUGCAGCACCCUGGUGCUGUAUUAACUCCCUCCAUGGACCAUACUAUGUCACUACAGCCUACAUCAAUGAUCAGCCCUCUGGCCCAACAGAUGAGUCAUCUUUCACUAGGCAAUACUGGAACAUACAUGCCUGCCACAACAGCUAUGCAAGGAGCCUAUAUACCCCAGUAUACACAUGUUCAGACAGCAGCUGUUCCCGUUGAGGAGGCAAGUGGUCAGCAACAGGUUGCCGUAGAGACGUCCAGUGAUCAUUCUCCAUAUACCUAUCAACAAAAUAAGUAACUGUGAGAUGUAUAGAGGAGUGUCCUUACCUGAAGAAGGGUGUGAAGGCUGAAACAAUCAUGGAUUUUUCUGAUCAAUUGUGCUUUAGAAAUUAUUGACAGUUUUGCACAGGUUCUUGAAAACGUUAUUUAUAAUGAAAUCAACUAAAACUAUUUUUGCUAUAAGUUCUAUAAGGUGCAUAAAAAUCCUUAAAUUCAUCUAGUAGCUGUUCCCCUGAACAGGUUUAUUUUAGUAAAAAAAAAAAAAGUUUUUAUCAAGUGUUAUGAUGCAAAAAAAAAAGAAGAAAAAAAAAAGAAAACAAUUUUCUGGGAAUGCACAAAGACCAUGAAGACUCCUUCACGUGCAUGACCAAAUUUUUGUGUUUUGUUCAUUUUUUUGUGUUUCAUUUCCUUUUUGUUUUUUUUUAAUUGUAUGAAAUGGGUUUUCCGAAGUUUAAAGUAGUCAAACAUCAAAACUGAUGUUCUGUGCUUGCAGUGUGAAUGUCGCUGUAGUGCCGUGUGUUGCAGUCACAGUGUCUGUUUUCUUAGCUCUCUGUUUUUCUUUGAACGUAGUGUGUGAAGUGUCUUAUCUUUUUCUAUCAAUUCCAAUUUGCCUUAAAUCUUUCGAUGCUGUAGCUGUUUCAGUAAAAGUUAGUCCAAACUAAUGAUGUAGAAUGCUUUGACCAAAUGAGCUGGUCUAUUAUGCCUUGUAAAACAGCAGCAUAGGGCUUUUAAAAGGUAGUCAAUAAAAGUUGCUGAAAAUUUGGCUUUUUUUAAAUGUGUAGUAGGUGUUUUUAAUGAUUUUUCACAUAAUAUGUAAGGUAGUGAAAUGCAAAAGGGGGGAAAAAUGUUUUGUGUGAAACACAUUUUCUGACUAGGGAGAUUUUAAUAGGAUAAAUUGUUUGUAAGGCCAUAUGCCAACAGUUUCCUCUGGUAGUUUGACUGAUUUAGGAAAUCUGCUGUAUGAUGCAAUGUAAAUCUUUUUUGCCUUUUUUUCAGAAAAGAAAAAAAAAACUAACUUGAUGUUCUAGUUUUAGUGUAGGUAGCAGAGGGAGUGGGGGUGGGGGGGUGGGGAAUCACGGAAUGUUUUGUCCUUCCUUUCUACUAAUGAUAGUGCUUUAGAAUGAGGGUGAUACCUGAGAUCGAGCAAACCGAAAAUGUUGCUAUUGCAGCAAAAUGGCAAAAGCUAAAAGUAAAGGAUUUAUUUUCAAACAUGAGCUGAGAUGUGAGUAGGAGCAUAAAUGAUUGGAUACUAGCUCUCUAUAUUAGGUAAAUUUAAAAAAAAUGACUUGGCACUUUUAAAGGUAACUUUACCAAAGACCAAAGAGCCAGUAACCAAUAACUCUGAUUUGUCUCAGCAUUACAUCUUCUGUACUCUUUAUUUUUGCCGGACCAGUUUGCGGUUAGGAGAAUGUGCCUUUUUUGUACAUUUACAUUUAGGUUUUAUAAUUUUAAUUGAUGUAUGGACACAAAAAGCAUGAAGGAAGACUUGGAUCCAAGCAGUGCCACACUUUACAUCAUCACUACAAGUGUUAAGUGUAAAGAAAACCAAUUUUGAAACUAUGAAAUUCCUGAUUCCUAAAUACACAGUUAUUUCUACUUUACAUAUUAGAUAAUUCACUGUUAUUAAAGCUCUUUUAUUACAAUUACAUACAUUUAAAAAACAAUGAUAAAUUAAGUUGUCUUCCAAAACUGUGUACUUGUCUGGUCAGCUGUGUAUGAUCAGUUAUCUACCUCAAAGUUUAUUUCCUUUUGUACUGGGACAGGUUGCUGGCCCUCCCUGUUUCCACAGACCAAAUCCUCCUAGCUCAGGAGCUAGGGCUAAGCAGUUAUUUCUUUCAAGUAUUUUUUAGUUUUUAAAUUUUAUGCGUGUAUUUGAGUAUAGAUGUCGGUGACAUUUCAUAGUUUCAAAAGUAAUUGCUGCUCUGAGAAGUAUAGAUUCUAGUGAAUUACAUAGUCAUAAGAGAAAUGUGUUUUGUUUUGUUUUGUUUUUUUGGGGGUUUUUGUUUUUUCUUUUUUUUUUAAGUUGUGGUAUUAUUGGUUCUAUGCUCCCUGGAAUAUUACUGCUUUGUAAAAGUCCAGACUUCCUGCAGCACUUUCCUUCCCUGUAUCCGGUAUAUUUGCAAACCUGGAUCUCUCACUACUUGAUAUUUUUGCAUUAGUUAAGGCAGAAAAACAUUAGAUGGUUCUGUUAGAGGAAGGGAAGAUCUGCUGCUAGGAAGUGUCUGAACUAAGUGCCAUACUCGUCUGGGUAAGAUUUGGGAAACAUAACCUCUGUACAUAAAGAAAUAAUCAGUUAAACAUCACAUAGUAGACAGCCAUUAAAUUAUAAAAAAAAUUAAUUUAUGAAGAAAGACCUUUUGUACAGAUUGAAAAAAAAAGAUUUUCAUAGAGAUAUCUAUAUGAUCAAGAGAGUUAAUUUUUUAUUUUUGUUUUACUAGUGCCACAAACUUGCCAGUGGUAACUUAUUUGUCCGGUUCAAGAUAACUCUGUAGUUUUGUUUCCUAGGACUUGUUGUUAAACGCCAAAAGACAUUUUUGAACUGUAAAUUUGAUUAGAUUGUCAGCUUUUUUCUGUUUAAUUUCUUUUGAAAAACUUUUGAAUAAAAAAAUCUGAAAA